GUGCCUCUUUAUCGACUUUUCAUUUUAAUGAUUAUCACUAUAUGAUUUACAAAAGAUAAUGAAACAGAAUGACUUACUGUACAAUAUUUUUUGUAAACAGAGUAGAGCCACUUCCCCAGAGGCUACUGCAGUUCUGUCACAGAACCUCCGGGAGAAAGUGGACGCCAUCUCAAUCUGGCAGGACACCACCCAACAGACCAUUAAAGAGCUGUCCACUAACGUCAACAAACUGCCGGAGGAGUUGUAUGCCCUACAAGAGAAGCAGACACUUAUGAAGACGGACAUGACCAGUCGAUUUACUGCUGAGUCUGAGGCUAGGACAAAGGAGAUUGAGCACCUGAAGGCAGAACUUCAGGGAUUGAAAGAGAGGCACGACCCACUUCCUGCCACGAAGUCUGACCUGGAUAAU